CAAAUAAAAAAAUAUUAGUCAAAUAUCUUUGAGCUCAAAUAAAAUUCUUUCACAUAUAAAAACAACAGAUAAAUCAAAAUCAUUAUUAUACGCGCAACAACAACCAGCUCACUUUAAUUUUUCUUGAUUGAAAUUUAAAUGUUUGGGUGUAAAAAACGGUUUUCUGCUUCCAUUUUUUGAAUUCGAAAAAGAUCGGCCAAAAUGUUGAAAGACAAAGACAACUCUAAUGGACACAUGGACAUCUCAGACAGCCUCCCCUCCCUCCAGUUCGAGACUGCCCUGACAGCUGAACAAAGUCUCCUCCUCCCCCUCAGAUCCAGAGCACACUGUAGCACCACUGGGUGUCUAGUCAGUGCCUGUUAUCUGGUCAGUGUGAUGAAUGCCACCAGGAAAGAAGUGUUUGUGGCCAAGAACAAAACGAGGGCCGCUCAGAGAAUCAUGCAGAUGGGAAUAGAUGGAGAUCCGGCUAAAAUUGGAAUCAUCGGCUGUGGACGUCUAGGUCGGCAAUUGAUCAAAGUUCUCAAAACAUACUCCAACGUAUCAAACGAGCUCAUUUACGUGUCGACUCGUAGACCCGAAUCGCUCUCGGAUUUCGCCAACGCAGGAAUGAAUGUCGACUUCAACAAUGUCUGGGUUGCUUCAAAAUGCGACGUCAUUUUUAUCUGUUGUUUACCAGCUGUGGUGAAUCAAAUCUGCGCCGAAAUCAAAAACCAUCUCACGCCUGACAAGCUUAUAUACUCGUUUGUAGCUGGAUACACAGCUAAGAAAAUGGCGAAUAUCAUGAAUUUCACAAAUAUUAUCAAACCGGAUUUCAAUUGGACAGAUUUGUCUUCGAAGUUACCGUGGAGUGUUGCAGUUUUGCCGAGUGAUUGUCUUGGUAAAAAACAGUUAGUCGAGAAAUUCUGCCCUCUUUUUGAAUUAACACAGCCAAUUGUGGAUGAUGAAUCGGAAGAGAGAUUGCCAGUGUUGCCUGUUUUUCUUGACAUGCACUGGUUGAUGAGGGUUGUGUAUGCGUGUGUUAACUAUGCAACUAGCCAACAGGUGAUGUCUGAUGUAGCUGUUGAUAUCGCAAAUAAGGUAUUCUUCCAAAGUGUCAAAAUGGAAACCACGAUGAAGGAAAUCCUCUUAGAAGAACACUUCCAUCUGCCGCCUGAAAGUGUAGCUACACAGCUGUUCGAAACGACAGAAAGUGACCACAGCACCUACUUGGAACAGACAAACAUCAGCAUGCACCAGAGCACACCAGCUGAAGCCUAUUUCCCCUAUUGGGAUCUGACAAGUGUCGGCUCGAAAGUUCAAUUAGCCGAUGUGCUGAAAGGGAGCAAGAGUUUGAGGAGAGCGUUCAUAAAAAGAUUUUCUGCGAGUUUUGACAAAGUUAUACAGUUUUGAGGAGUUGAAUUUUUCUAGAAAUGAUUUUAUGGAAAUUAAGUUUUCAAUUAUUGAUUACACUUGCGAUUAAAUACUUUCAUGAUUGCACGAGUCUAAGCAUUAGUGUGAUUUUUCGUGUUUU